AUGAGUCUCCUCCGUGCACUCAGCACCUCGGCCACGUCGACCGGCAAACACAAGGUGCUCGUGAUUGGCGGCGGCACCGGCGGCCUCACCGCCGCCAACCAAGUAUACAACCUCCUCAAGGCCCGAUCUGGCGCGCCCGCCGACGGCGACAUUGCCAUUGUCGAUGCCAACCCCAACCACGACUACCAGCCUGGCUGGACGUUGGUUGGUUCUGGCCUGGCCGACAAGCGGUCGUACCGCCGUCCUCUGGAUUCGCUUAUUCCGAAACAGUUUGCCCAUAUCAAAAGCAACGCUGCAUCAUUUGAGCCCGGAACAAACCAGGUCGUCUUGACGGACGGAACCAAGGUCGCGUACGAUUACCUGAUUGUUGCGCCGGGCAUCCAGAUCAAUUGGGCCGCCGUCAAGGGGUUGCCGGAAGCCUUGGCCGAUCCCGCCUCAAACGUCGCAUCCGUGUAUUCGUACGAGACGGUGGACAAGACUUGGAACCUUGUCGAAAAGUUCCAAGGCCCAGAGGCCGUGUUUACCCAGCCAUUCGGACCGGUCAAGUGUGCAGGAGCUCCACAGAAGAUUGCGUAUAUGGCCGACUGGUACUGGAAGGAUAAGGGACGUAAUGUCCAUUCAACUUUUGUUACUGGUAUGCCGACAAUGUUUUCCCAGCCAAUGUAUGCUGGCAAACUCAACAUUAUCCGACAGGACAAGGGCAUCGCCGGUCAUUUCAAUACAAACCUCACCGAGAUCCGGGGCGAGACCGCCGUGUUUGACAUCCUCGAUGGAGAAAACAAGGGCCAGAAACUCGAGCUGCCUUUUGGCAUGCUGCACGUCGUGCCGCCGAUGGGUCCGCCCGACGUUAUCAAAAAGAGCCCGCUGGCAGACUCUGUCGGGUGGACCGACGUCGAUGAGGGUUCGCUCCAGCACCGCAAGUUUGCAAACGUUUUCGGACUGGGCGACGCAUCGUCCCUCCCCACCUCCAAGACGGCGGCCGCCAUCUCUGGCCAGGCACCCGUCCUCGCCCACAACCUCGUCUCCCUCAUGGAGCGCGGCCAGGUCGGCAGUGCACUCUACGACGGAUACACGUCGUGCCCCCUCUUCACUGGCCGCGGGUCGCUCCUCCUCGCAGAAUUCAAGUACAAUACCGAGCUCGCCGAGACCUUUUCCGCAUUCACAAAUCAGAGCAUCCCCAACAGAUUCUUCUACCACCUCACAAAGGACGUCUUCCCCCGCAUCUACUUCUCCGACUUUAUCAAGGGCACCUGGUUCGGCCGCCGCACCUUCUUCCCUCCCCAGUACGAGCAGUAA